GUAGGCUGACCUGUGCAGGCAAAGGCUUUCUGCCCUGGUGACCUGCCAGCCUUCCCCUCACCUGCUUACAUGCUGAUUCAUUGAUGAGCUGGCAUCUCAGUCCCCGCCUCCCUCUGAAUGGUCCGCGAGGUGGCUUUUGCUCCAGGAGAGGGGACGCUGUGCAAAGCGACUCUGCUUACUAGUAGGACAAGCCUGCAGGCAGCCUAUCUGUUGCCACCGAGGAACUUGGUGAUCAGAUCGAGCAUCAAUCAGCCUCUUCUCCCUCUGCUCUCUGUAUCCAGCUUCUCUUUCUCUCUAGCAUUUGAAAGGAAUUUUCUGAUUCAGGCACUCCAGAGCUCAUUUCCCAGGAGUUGUAAGGCAGCCUGUGACAUAAACUGAGACAGAAGUUUCCCCUCAGAGACUCUUUGAUUUAUUUAUUUUUUUUCCCCCUUUCUGCUUUCCUUAUUGGCAAAGACUUCUGGCUCUCUACAGAGGAAUACCUUGUUGCUUAAGAUGAGUGGCUGUAGAAAACGGUGUAAACGUGAAAUAUUGAAAUUUGCCCAGUAUCUUCUCAGACUAUUAACAGGUUCUCUUCAUACAGACAGCGUGGAAGAUGAACUGGAGAUGGCUACUGUCAGGCAUCGGCCUGAAGCUCUUGAGCUUCUGGAAGCCCAGAGUAAAUUUACUAAAAAGGAGCUCCAGAUUCUUUACCGAGGAUUUAAGAAUGAAUGCCCCAGUGGAGUUGUUAAUGAAGAAACCUUCAAAGAGAUUUACUCACAGUUCUUUCCACAGGGAGACUCUACAACGUACGCACAUUUUCUGUUCAAUGCAUUUGAUACAGACCACAAUGGCGCUGUGAGUUUUGAGGAUUUCAUCAAGGGUCUUUCCAUUUUGCUUCGGGGAACAGUACAAGAAAAACUCAACUGGGCAUUUAAUUUAUAUGACAUAAACAAAGAUGGUUACAUCACUAAAGAAGAAAUGCUUGAUAUAAUGAAAGCAAUAUAUGACAUGAUGGGUAAAUGCACAUAUCCUGUCCUCAAGGAAGAUGCUCCUAGACAGCACGUGGAAACAUUCUUCCAGAAAAUGGACAAAAACAAAGAUGGAGUUGUUACCAUAGAUGAAUUCAUCGAGAGCUGCCAAAAAGAUGAAAACAUAAUGCGCUCCAUGCAGCUCUUUGAAAAUGUGAUUUAACUUGUCAAAUAGGUCCUCAAUCAAGCAGACCAACACGAACUAUUCUACCCCAUUAAAGUUGGAGCCACCACUUUUAGCAUAGACUGCUCAGCCUUAUACUGAGGCAUAUUAUGCGAAUAGGCUUUGUUUUAAUAUAAAGCAAUCCUCCCAAAAUCUGAGUUUCCAGCUAUAAAUUUGCAUCAUUUCCUAAUGCCACUGAGUUCAUGAGAUGUUCUGUCAUUUCAUACCCCGUGGAUACUCAAAAUUAACUGAAUCCAGCACACAGCUUCAUUGAUUCUUUAGUCAUGGGAUUGUUGAGGCUUUCGCAUUCUCUGUGAUUUUAAUGUAUCUGUGUUUUUUGCUACUCACUUUUUAGUUUUUGGCCCGAUUUUUAAUCAGUUUUCUAAAACAUUCACAUAUGCAUUUAAUUUCCAGAAAUUAGUUUUCAUGUUUGUAUGCUGUCAUUCCAUUUAUAAACUUUAAGUAAAUAAAACAAAAAAAAGUUUCAGUUUCAAUGCAUUUGCUGCCUUCUAUUCAGAUAAGUUAUUUAUUGGGCAUUUUUAAAAAAUAAAACUCAUCAAGUUGAGUUUAUCAUCAGAUGUCAGCAUAUGCCUAAUGUUUAUUUAAUUAGUAUUUGAUUUUUCAUAAUAUUCCAUUAUAAUGUAGGACUACACAAUGUAUAUAGUUUCGUUUGGUCUCACAGGUUGAGUGUUUUCUAUUGUGUCUUUAAGUGAAAAUACAAGAUAGGAAAGAAAGGAUGUUCAUGGACACAUGCAAUGGGUAAGCCCAGUCAUAUGGAGUGCUGUUGAAACUAGUGAUCCUAGCAACCUUAAAGGCCUAUUCUGUCCUCUUCCCCCUGCUGAUGUCCUCAUGACUUGUUUGUCACAUGCCAUUCAGGGAGUAAGAGACCGUGACUACUCCCCAUGCCUCCUAGGAACAAACAGUAAGUAGACUCCCCUUUGAAAGCACUAGUGAUUCCAUUUGUAUUAAGAACUACAGUACCAACAGAGUAGAAAGUGAAUGUAUGUGUUAAUCAGUUCACCUGGAUUGCAUUUUGAUUUAGCUCAUCAUAGAAGUCCAAGGAGUCAGAUUGUUUUUAAUGAUUUUACACCAAAACUGCAGUCGCCACAUUACUGAAGAUACCACACACCUUCUCUGUUUUGCAGAAAUAUCAGACACACAAACACACACACACACACUACACACAUACAUACAAAACAAGAAGCUCCUGUAGGAAGAGAUUUGCAACAGGUUUUGCAACAAUAAAUCAGGUGAUCUAUUCUGGUGUAGAGAGAGGAUGUUGAAAGCUGCCCUGCUAUCACCAGUGUAGAAUUAAAAGUAGUACAGUACUUGUACACUGAGACUUGUCAUUGCGUGUUUGUGUAAACUCAAUGUGCACAUUUUGUAUUUCCAAAAAAAUAAAUAAAAGCAAAU